AUGACAUUGGUGAGAGAGAGAAGGCACCAACAAGCUCUAAGGCUAUCCUUACCAUCACCAAAUCCAGCAGCCGAGUUCCGUGGCCGGACCAACUUGCGGGCAUUGUUGCCAUCCCCGGGUCCUCACUCUCUGGCCAUCGGAAACCUUUCUGACAUUGAGAAAAUGGCUAUUCUAGCACACGGUGGUGGCGGCACGGUCUAUAAAGUUCUUGACAAGAAGACCUCCGCAACUUACGCGCUAAAAGUCCUCCGGUUCAAUCAAAAUGCGGCGAGCAUUCGCCAACAGGCUGCACGCGAGGCCGAAAUCCUUACAAGAGUUGACUCGCAAUAUGUUAUAAGGUGCCAUGCAGUUAUCGAUAAUGGUUUCACGGCAGAUAUGGCGCCGGAAAGAGGAGGUGAUGUUUUCUUUGUCAUGGAGUAUAUGGAAAGAGGAUCGUUACACGACAUGUUGCGUGCAUGCGAGAGAUUACCGGAGGAGGUAAUAUCCGGCAUGGCCAGGCGUGUCCUGGAAGGACUGCACUAUCUGCAUGGUAUGCAGAUUGUGCAUAGGGAUAUAAAACCGUCAAACCUACUUGUAAAUGAAAAGGAAGAGGUAAAGAUUGCAGACUUUGGGGUCAGCCAUGUGCAGGUGGCGGCGACACGCGAGGCAUGUGACUCUAACAUGGGCACUUGCGCAUACAUGAGCCCGGAAAGAUUUGAUCCAGAGAGGUGGGGCGGUGAUAACGCAAACGGGUUUGCGGGGGACGUGUGGUCUCUUGGAGUGGUGGUGUUGGAAUGCCAUGUUGGUCAUUUUCCGUUAAUCAGUCCAGAGCAAAAUCCAGAUUGGGUGACAUUGAUGUGUGCGAUUUGCUUUGGGGAGAGGCCGGAGAUGCCGGAGAUGGCCUCACCGGAGUUUCGGAGCUUUGUUCGGAGGUGUCUAGAGAAGGACUGGAGGAAGAGAGGCACGGUUGCUGAGCUUCUUGGCCAUCCUUUUGUGAAUAUAUAG